CCUCCAUCGGAUCCUAUGCCUAAUGGGCCCUCUCGCCCUAUUUUUUUUCACUGUCUGAAGUCACACAUUUACACCAACACAAGCGCAGAAACACCAUCCAGAGAGGAGAGAGACCCGAAAACCCGAAUCGCGAACCCGGAAAAAAUGGGCAAAGAUCUGAGCGAUGACCAAGUAUCGUCGAUGAAGGAGGCGUUCACGCUCUUCGACACCGACAACGACGGCAAGAUUGCUCCGUCGGAGCUCGGGAUCCUAAUGCGAUCGCUCGGCGACAACCCGACCCAGGCCCAACUCAAAUCCAUAGUCGUCGAGGAGAAGCUCACCGCCCCCUUCGACUUCCCUCGCUUCCUCGACCUUAUGGCCAAGCACAUGAAGCCCGAGCCCUUCGAUCGCCAGCUCCGCGACGCCUUCAAGGUCCUCGACAAGGACUCAACCGGCUUCGUGUCCGUGUCGGAGCUCCGGCACAUCCUCACCAGCAUCGGCGAGAAAUUGGAGCCGUCCGAGUUCGACGAGUGGAUCCAGGAGGUGGAUGUCGGGUCUGAUGGCAAGAUCAAAUACGAGGACUUCAUUGCCAGAACGGUGGCCAAGUGAGGGACGUAACGGUGCGUUUUGCAUGGGUGAAAGUGUUUCGUGGAAGUAAUUUGGGGGUAAUCGACGAUUCGAUUAACUUAGGCGACACUCGCAUCAGCUCGCCCAGGCGGUCAUGGAGCUCAAAUUGUAGAACAAAUUCCUCAAAUCUCAGUUCGAAUGGUUCCAGAAUCUUCAACUGCCAAAGCACGGAAACCAAUCAUGGAGCUCGAUCGACUUGAACGAGUGCAAAGUGUACAAAGCCGAGUCGGUCGGUGAGCCCACUGGUAAAGCCGCCGUCGCUGUGUCAACUCG